AAUCGCCCGCUGGCCGCUCGCCGGUUCGCUCUCCUCUCCCAUCAGCGCGAGAAGAGCGACUCGCUCGCGCGCCCUUGGGGAUUCGGAAAAGGAGCGGGCAGGAAGCGCUUCAGUCCUGUGUCGGCAAGGUGCGAUCAGCCACAUUCCCCAGCGUAGCAGCGCGCACACACCUGGAUGCGCGCUCGCCCAACCUGCACGCCGCCCAGGCAACGGACGUAGACUUGUGCCGCAGACAAGAACCCGCCGUACUACGCGCCCGGAAUACGUCGUCGCCUUUCCGCGGAUACACACACGCUCGGCCAAACGUCCCUUCUCCUACCGAUGCAGGCAAUGUGAUGUGACCUUGGAGGACUCACUGCUUGUGUCGCUGAAACCACGACGGGCUGCGGCAUGGCGCCGCUGCAGAGGCUCUCGUGUCCUGCGCUGCUGGUCUUGGUGUCCGCGCUGGUCGCGGUGACCGACGAGUCCGGCCACUGCCCCGACCGGCAACGGGACGCGGGCGUCCUGCUGCUGCCGGAGGCUGACGUCUUCCUGGGAGCCUUCGUUCAGGCCCAUGCGCCCGCCAGGGACGCCCUCCUGGGCUGCGCGGGUCCCCUGGCGUCGGGCGUCGAGCUCCUCGAGGUCUUCAAGUGGGCCGUAGCCCUCCUCAACAGGGACCAGGGCUUCGUGCCGGGCGUCAAGAUCGGUAUGCGGGUGUACGAUUCCUGUGGCCACAAAACGAAGGCCUACCUCCAGCUCGACUCUCUGCUUCCUGUUUUAAGAGGGAACUCCGAGACGUGCCUCGGCACUGCCAAUAGCUCCAGGGUGCUGGGAACCCUGAUGACAAAAACAUUACGUGACGAGGAUCUGAUCGCCAGCCUUUUGAGGGAACACGAUGUCCCGAGCAUUCCAUUGGAAAGCAGUGCCAUAGCUGCUCCGGAAAUCUUAGCCAAGGUCUUGCUGGAAUCCGCCUUCGACAUGAAGUGGGAACACUUCGCCAUUCUUCAUUCACAAGAUGAAUACAGCGUCUCCGUCGUCAAGACCAUUAGCCAGAGGGUGGUCUCCACGGCGUCUCCCUGCAUCACGCGAAUCGAAGCCAUUCCAACGCCCGACAAGAGGGACGCGUCCGAACUCCACCGGCUGCAUUCUCUGCUGAGCGAACUGGACGACUCGGUCAUUGUGGUUGCUUCGCCCACCACGGUCGAAGCCCUCGCCGAUGUGCUCUCCUCGGAGCCGUCGGCCAAGCGCCGCCAGUGGCUCUUCUCCUGGGUUCCGAGCGAAGAAGCGCUCGAAAAGCUGGGCGUUCUCCUUAACAUGAGCGGCUUCUACGCGCUGGGUCCGUACCCUCCAUCCGUCAGGUCGUUCGAGGAGCACUGGAGCAAGCUGGCUGAAGUGAGCGUCCCGGGAAAGCCAGAAGACCAGUGGUAUCUGGACUUGGUCGCCGCCAAUAAGCACUGCAGGGUUCAGGGACUUAGAACCCCGGGCCAGGAGAACGCUUCUCCCUGUGCGGACUUGGGGCUUCGGCUCAUGCCGACCGACGCCCUGGUGCGGACCUCCCGUGCACUGCCGGCCAUGCGCGGCGUGUUCACGCUGGCGCAGGCGCUCCGUUCCGCCUGGAAGGCCACGUGCCGGGGCCAGGCCGGCCUGUGCCCCGAGCUGCGGGCCAUGACGAGGCGCCAGUUCGCCCAGGCCUUCCUUGAACCCAAGGGGUCUGGCGCCGAAGACGCGCCCGUGUCCGGAAGGGGUGCCCGGGCGGCGGCCGAUGUGCUGGGCGAGCUGGGCAACAGCCACCUGGCCCUGACGAGGUUCUUGCACACACCGGGCCAGGGAGCCGACUUUACGCAGGUGAUACUGUAUGAUUCAGAGGAAGCCAAGCUGCUUGAGAAGGAUACCAAGUUCCUGCCUACCCUGUGCUCUCCCAGCACGUGCCAAAACUGCAUCCGGUUUCGAAGUUCUCGACUGGACGAGACAGAGAGCCAUCCCUCUUCAACAUCGACCAUCAGCACCGAGAUCAUGGAAGACGCGGCAGACGUCGUCUUGCCCAUCCUUCUUCCUCUCCACACGAAUGGCCAGACGCCUUUCACCUGCGGUCGAGCUGUAAACCGAAACGCCGUGCAAGACCUCGAGGCCGCUAGCUGGAUGGUCGGCAAGAUCAACUCCAACGGCGACCUUCUGCCCGGUCUCAAGCUGGGCCUCCGAGUCAUCGACACCUGCUCGUCCAGUCUCAUCCUUACCAGAGAAGUGUCUUCCAUCCUGGAAGCAUUCACAGAACAAAACCUUCCAACAGUCUUCAUAUCCUCCGGGUCGCCGGAACUCUCGCAAGUGGCUGCUUCCAUUUUGGCGCGCCUGAACGUCACCCUGAUCUCGACGGGCGACGUGGCCGAGACGCGUGGUGUCCAGAGCUUCCGCUACCAGAUACCUCUUCCAGUCGAAAAGGUGGCCGACGCCACAGUCCAUUACUUGCAGCACCUCAACUGGAACUUCGUUUCUGUCGUUGCGAGCGAAAGCGAAGCCAGGGCGGUCCAAGCCUUCAAAAAGCACGCUCAUUCCGCUGACAUCUGCACGGCUGUGGAUGCGACUGCCGCUGGAGACUUGGACGCUCUUCUAGUCCGACUCAAGGCGGCCUCUGCGACGGGAGCGCGUGCCGUAGUCCUCUGGACAAAUCCCGAUGACACCAUCAAGUUCCUGGAUGCCGUGAGGAGAGCCAGGGCUCACGGCCUGCUCAGGCCUUCCGAUCUCGUGCUUUUGCACGGAAGCGGGCAGCCCGUCAGCUUCGACGGCUUUGAGGAAGAGGUCCUGGGCGCCGUGCUUCUCAGGCCACAGUAUGGGCAAGUGCGCGACUUCGAGUCCUACUACGAGCGGCUGAAGGCGGACCAGGAUCGGUUUUUUGCCGAGCUCUGGGAACAGGGCAAGGUCUGCCGGGGUCCCGGUGACUGUAUGGUGGAGUAUACACCGAGUCGGUCCGUCGUGGAUGUGAUGCAGGCUGUAGUAACGGCCGGCACGGCGCUGCGGAACCUACGCGACGUUGUGUGCGGUGCGCCGCACGAGGCUGAUGCGGGCUACUGCACGAGGCUGCUCAAGAGUGCGACAGGUGUGGGGGUGGCACUGGACGCACACGUCCGUCGGGCCAAGACCGCUAGGAUUGGAUACAAGGACCUCAUGUUUGGCUUUACGGAAGAUGGACACGGGGACAUCGGUGUGGACCUGUGGAACGUGCGCAAGUCGUCGGCUGGAAUUACUCCGCAGAUGGCGGGCCAUUUCGUCGACCAGCAAUACGCCGAGCUGGUUCCCCUGGUAGCCUACGGCAGCACCGGCCGAGAAGUCCCGCUCUCCGACAUCCAGUCCGAGUGUAUUGCGACCCCGUGCAAGGCCCGUUGCGCCAGCAAGCCCGUCGACUUCCUCCUUGUCCCAUCCCCAGACGACCUGUAUCUAGCCGCCUCCUUUUCCGUGCACGAGCCCCUCAAGGGCAGUCCCUUCUCCUGCUCUCCGACCGUUUCCGAAGAAGGCCUCCGCAACGUGGAAGCAUUCCUCUGGGCCCUCGACCAGAUCAACACCAGCCCCUCGGUGCUACAAGGAGUCACCGUCGGUGCCGUGGUAUUCGACACUUGCGGCAGUCGGGAGAAGACGUACCGAGACGUGUCCAACUUCGUCAGCGAAUCCCUGACCUCCCUCCGGUCGGACGUCAACCUGCCCCAGCUGAGCAGGGUCUUCGGCUUUGUGGCCGGGGGCCACAAAUGUACGGUGAAGCCGGCGGCGGACAUUCUGUCUUCUGUCGGCGUGCCCACGGUGGCGUCGGACUCGUCGCUGACGGUGCUCAGCUCUGACCGCUACCCAACCCUGCUCAGGGUGUUGCCCUCCAACGGUGAGGUGGCCGAGGCGCUGCUCAAGCUGCUCCGGCACUUCAAGUGGAGCUACGUGUCCGUGGUGUACGACGACGAUGACGAGGACGUGGACGUGUUUGAGCAGCUCAAGGCCGGUCUGGAGGCCCAGGAGGUGCGGCUCGGCGCGGCCGUCAAGUUGACGAGGAACGGGGAUCCGUGGGACCUGCCCAAGGCCAUGGGCCGUUUGCGCGGCAAACAGCGGGAAGGGUCGAGGGUUGUCGUCCUCCUCCUGCGCGACAAAGAAGCCGAAAUCUUUUUCAAGCACGCCCGAGAAACGGGCACUCCACUGCACAACUUCACCUUCGUAGCCGUAGGACUUCGUUCAGUCCUCUCCAAGUUCCCAGAGGCCACCGGUGGAUCCCUUUCUUUACAAGUGGCGUCCAGCGAUGUACCGGGCUUCAAGAACUACCUACAGCACCUCAACUACCGAGGCAAUGACCGCGAUCCCUGGUUCCGUUCCUUCAUCGAGCAAAAGUCCGGGUGCCGUGGCCCGGUGAUGUGCUCCAACGCGACGCCCAUGCUGCUGUCCACUUCGGCGGACGCUGCGUCCACAGUGGUCACCUCGGUCUUUGCCCUGGCCAGCGGUCUCGACCAGGCUAGGAGGAUCAAGUGCCAAGGGCCGUCCGGCUGUUCGCGGGAUAUUACGGCGGAUGAGGACUUCAGGGGCCUCGUGAUGAACUUCACCAGGGGCGUGCGCAUCACCAGACAUGACGGGUCCGUCUUCAAAUUUGCCGGUGGGAACAGCGGCAACGGGCGCCUGGUUGUGGGUCUCUUCCGCCAUCGGAGAAACGCCGCGGUCAACGACGAGUUCGCGCUGAUCGGGACGUAUAACAGAGACGAAGGCCUGCAAAUGAACGCCAGCAUCCCAUCCGAUACUUCGGGCCGUUCCCCGUACGAUGUCAACUCCACCUGCGAAUCAAGAACUAAUUGCAACAGUUCUGUCACCUAUGAGACACCCCGAGACCCCUCAGUCCAAUCGAUGACACGGUUCAGGGCGGAACCGACCCUAACCAUCGGAGCAAUGUUUUCCGUUCACAAGCGAGGCCCCGACAUGUUCACCUGCGGGCCCCUCCAAAAUGACGGGACCUUCCAGAACCUCAUCGCCCUCGCGUACGCCGUGGACCAAGUCAACCGGAACCAGUCCCAGGUCCAACUGGAUGCUGUUGUCUUCGAUUACUGUGGCACCAAGCAGCGCGCCGAAAAGCAAGUCUUUCAGUACUUCUCGUCCCCGGAGGACGCCAAGACCAAGCCCCUCGUUUCCAUGCUCACUUACGACAGCAACGUGGCCACAGAACUCAAGCCCAUCCUCAGGGAUGCCAACGUUCCGGUCAUCCUGACGACCACAAACCCCAAGUUCUCCCAGGAGACUCGAUCUACCGCGCUCCAGACAAUACCUCCGGUUAACUGGCAGGCGGAAGCCCUCCUCGGUCUGCUAAGGCACUACGACUGGACCUAUGUCUACGUCCUGUACAUCGGUGACCAGUUCGGCCAAGACGCCAACUACUACGUGACAAAAGCUCUGAACCGGAUGGGCAUCUGCGUUGCCGACGCUCUGCGCAUCGAUCGUGACGCGUCCGACAACGAUGUCCUCUCCACCGUCAUGAGGCUCGCAGACCCGGACGUGAGGGUGGUUAUGGUGCUGGCUCAAGACAAGUUCGAUGCUGCCAAGGUGCUUCGGGCUGCCCGGAGGUCUUCCCUCUUGGAGCGCUUCGUCUGGGUCGGCACGGAGGGCUUCAGCGACAACGCGGCCCUUCUAGACGCUCUUGAAGGCGCAGACGUGGACGUCUUCUCGUUAAAACUGGAGAACGAGAAGCUCCCCGGAUACACCCGUUUUGUGUCCGGCCUCACGUUAGGCAAACAUGACCCGAUUCCGGACGCCUGGUUCGAGGAGUUCUGGCAGCGCGAGUUUCGGUGCCGACUUCCGAACAGCGAAUCUGUCCAGGAGCAGUUCAAGGACGUCUGCACAGGACGGGAGUCUCUCAGGGACGUGCUUCAGGAUCGCUACGUCUACCACACGGUGGAGACGGUGAAGCGGGUGGCCGAGGCCCUCAAGGUACACAUGGGUAAGAACUGCCCCUCCGACACCGGGCUCCUGGAUAACCUGGAGCGCUGCAAGAAGGACCGGUUGAACCACGAGGUCAGUAUGGCGCUGCUUGGCACCGACUUGGAAAACUGCCUCGAGUGCCAGCCGUCGGUGGUGACUACCUUCGGGUACCAGCUGCUCAAGGUCAACGGAAGCAGCUCUCGGAAUUACUCUUAUGAACAGGUGGGUUCGUACCGGAACAACCUGCUCCGUGUGAGCGAGGACGACGUGGACUUCUCGAGUGGCGUAGCGCCCAUGUCGACCUGCAUGCGGGACUGCGACGAUCGCUGCCCGGCGGCAUCUCCGACGUCGGAGCAAAAGUACCUGCGCCAGCAUCGCGAGUCCCUCACGGCCAACUUCCGCACCGUCUGGGGCAUCGUGGUCACCGCGCUGUCUCUGCUGGGCAUAGUCCUGGUGCUCAUUUGCGCCCUCUACUUCCUCAUGGCCUUCCCGGUCACGGUGGGAACCACGGUUCUUGGAUAUAUGAUCCUCGCUGGUCUGCUCGCCUUGUACGCCGUCAACUUCGCUUUCGUCGUGGGUGCCACGGAAGCCAGCUGCGGCGUGCGACGUUUCCUCAUGGGGCUUGCCUACUCCAUCAUCUUCUCUGGCAUGCUCGUCAAGGUACUCAACACGUGGCGGCUGAUGGGCUACCACGGCAACAACCGGAUGCACCACGACGGCACCCAGUUGACGAGUCCCGCGGGACUCCUGGUCGUGGCUUGCGGCCUCGUGGUCAUCCAGGUCGUGCUCACCGCCGCCUGGCUGGUCCUCAUGCCGCCCCGCAUCGGCCUCUACGAGCGCGUAUGGCGCUGCGCCCCGCCGGCUUCCUUCGAAGAUGAACUCGUAGUGUCCAUGGUGUACGUGAUGCUGCUCCUCGCCGUCACCAUCCUCUUCUCGGUGCUCACGUGGCCCUGCCGGGACAACAACGGCGAGUCUCGCUGGAUCCUGGCCUGCUGCGUGUUCGUGUCCUUGGCCUGGCUCGCCUGGACCGUGCUGAGCACGCAGCUGCCACUUCAGCAUCGGGACGCCACCAUCGCGGUGGCGAACCUGGUGUGCGCUACGCUGGUGAUGCUCUGCCUGUACCUGCGGAAGGUCUACCUGUACAACAAGCUGGCGCGACAGGCGCGCGACCAGGAGAUCAAGGCGCGCCUCCAGCCCAGAGGACCUUACACGCCGUCCGUUUACGGGACCCUGCACAAGAACGGAGCCCCCGUCGCGCCCGUCUUCUAUGGCUCGCAGGCGUCGCUGACGACAAGCAAGAAGUUGAACGGCCAGUUCUCCCGUCUGUCGAUGGACGACUUGGCCUCGGACGGAUCGGGCUCCGUCCAGGUGCAGGGUGCCGACCUGUACCCGCUCGAGAUGUACGACGGUGGCAGCCAGUUCCAGCCGCCCAGCUCGCUUUACGGCAGCACCAUGAUGCUCGACGAUAACGUCGUCUACGCCAGGUUUUCUCUUGACAUGGCACUUGCUUCAGUACCCAAGGAGCAGUAUUUAAAAGAUGGACAUAUGAAUAUUUGUUAACUGCUGCAAAUAAACUGGAGGUGAAAUCGGGACGUCAGCGUCGGUACCCCAGAGGGCAGCAACGACACCAGUCACAGCAGCUGUGCAAGGAACGACACUUGCGGACGGUGCGAAAGUGAUACGCGGCUGUCUUCCUCCGGCGGCCAAGGGAAGGCUCUACUAACGUGCGACGAAGAGACAUGCUUUAUGCGGCAGCUUAAAGGUUACUUAACGAUCCCGAACGGAAGUCCCCAGUGUGUCUCCUAACCUACUCCCUCCCCGAACUCUGAAACCAUCGACGACAGUGCUCCGAUCGUUACACCACACCGGUGACAACCAAUGUGGACGGACUCGUGGAUCGCCGUCCAGUGUACGACUUGCUGUCGGUCGUCGUCUUGUUUGUGCCGUAUUUCGACUCGUGGAACUAUCGACGUGAAGUGCUUAACGACAAACUACCUACUAGACAGCUACUACUCGACAGCUUGGAAGCGAACAUUGUCCAAUUCCUGUUCGACCCGCAUGUUUAAUGCAAACUACCUCCAGGGCUGGCAGCUGUCUUAAAAAGACAUCAUACUUCCCCGUCUUCUACGUCGGAUUUGGCGAAUCGUGACGCCAGACGGUCGCGCCGACCCGUGCGAGCUUGCCGGAGAUUCUCCGCCCCGACUUCCUGGAUUGUACGCUCGCAUUGCGUGCACUGCAGAUACAACUCUCUUACAGGAAGGACGGCCCGUGAUAGGGUGCUGGGGGGGAGGCGUUUGUUGCCAACGCAAACGAAGGCGGGAACUUAAUAAAAACCAAUCGAUGUUGGGGCGUAUGUAGUCGUUGCUGGUUCAAGGGCUGCAUUACGAGUUUUUAACAAACAUUCCAUUUAACUGUAGUCGUCUAAUGGCUCUUGUUACUAUGCACUGAGAGUAUUUAGCACUAUUAACAAUACUUGCGACUGGGAGACAGUAUUACGAUAGACUACCUCCCCCGAAAAGGCUCUGCCGAGUUUUCCCCCCGAGUGCCUUUUAAUGUUCUGUUCAAGGAAGUCUUGGCAGUUUUCCACCUGUUCUUGCGCUUUGAGAAUAAAGAUUUUCUACGUAACACUAA